AGGAAGAAGAAGCGCCAGAAGAGCGCAUGAUGGGAUAUGAGAGUCCUCCGGCGGCGCGCUGCCGCCAUGUCACCUAGGGAGAAACACUUAGCUAUUCUCUCUGCUUUAGGCGUAGUUAGUCUCGCUCUGUAUAGUAUUCCUACUUUUCUUUGCGCGACCUUAAUUCUUGUAGUGUGUUGUAUUGUGUGUUACUAUCACAGCGGAGAACCGCUUCCCGCCAGGUUAGGCCUCAAUCCGCGGGCUGGGGUGAAGGUCCCAGCCGUGCUCCGGCGCUGGUUGUGGGGUUGGGGAGUGACCGGCGUGUCAGUAGCCGCGCGGGGGAGAAGAAAGAGCGGCAGAAACAGAAACGAGCUCGCGGAGGCAGAGGGAAACUUCAGAGGAAGGGUUGUUGAAACUGGGGUUUAUCGGAGGGAAACAUUGGCAAGUGACUCGUUUCUUUUCAGCCCGCGGGAUUUUCUAAUGGGGAGUUACAUCGGGAAACCCGAAAGUCCAACCGCCGACUCCGGGAGGCCGAGAUCAGGUAGAAACCCCCGAGAGCAGCUGCGGGAAAAGCUGUCCAGACCCAACCAUGCUGUCUACACCCCAAACAGGAGGCUGUCGUUUGCUGGGGAACCGCCGGGCACAGUGGGCAGGUUCCACAUCACCCCCCAGCGUCACUAUCCCUUGCAACAGCCGGGUCUAUCAUCAGUGGGAGUCCUACCUCCUGUCAAGUGGGAUGGCUUCAUGAAGAAAAACAUCCGUAGCCCUCGUAACUCCUCGGCCGUCCUCAGCCCCGUCACUGUGAAGAUCGCCAGGCCAGACUACCACAGCUCCCCUGGUUUGGACCAUCUGACUUGUGCAGGGCUUCCUAGACCCCCUGUGGACCCCUGCUCCAGAGAAAGUGUCCUCAAGGUGUUGAAGGAUAGUCGCAAGCGAGAAGUUGAAGAUGAGGACAGAAGCUUUGCAUCUGAGCAGAAAAGCAAAAGAAGGCGCAACGACAGCGGCGGAAGUGCACACUCUGCUUUUGAACCUCUUUUGCCCAAUGGAAUGCCAUUACAGCUGGUCCCUAAGCCAGGAAACCUGAAAAGAGGUAUGGCUUUACUGGCGGAGGAUUCUAUUAUGAAGAGGUCUCGCACCUCUUCAAUCAGCUCUGGCAGUGGGGUCCAUGCCCCAAGAGGAACCCCAGGCACCAUGAGAAACCCAAUCCAGAGCUCUUACAGCUCUUCACUCGGCCUCAGCCAGUGGAAGAAGCGGUCAGCACCCAGCUCCCCUCUGUCCAGCCCUGGAUCAUCUCGCUCUCAGACUCCAGAGGGAGCCUCCAAAAGAGCCAGAGAGGACGACGGGCAGUCUCCCAGCACAGCAUCCUCAGUGAGGUCAGACCAGACAGCCUCCGACAAGGCACCUGUGACUUGUUUUGCAGCUAAACUGACUCCAGUCCCCAAGGUCCCGGUCACUACCUCAACAGACUCCACUGGUAGUGGUGGGAAGCGUAAACGGAAGAUCCAGCUGGUGUCCAGCCACCGGGACGAUCACAUCUCUCUGCCUCCACCUCCAGAGCUGGGCUACUCCAUCACUGUGAAAGACCUGGAUGAAGAGAAAAAGGCUGCCCUCAGCAAGAUCCAGAAGGUCCUGGAGACACCAGCUCCAGAGCCGGAGAAGUCUGUCUCUCCCUUAGCCACCACUUCCACCAAGCCUUCCUCCUCAACCAGCUCCUCCACCACCACCCUGAGCAGCCUUCUGGCAGCUCCUCUGCCAACAGCCUCCAGCUCUGCCAUCCCAGUCAUCAACCUGGAUCCCAGCCCCGGCAGCAGUGUCGGCACAGCACCUGCAGCCUCCAACCCACUGCUGGAAGCUCUGAAAAUGAAAAUCAGCAUUCCUGCUAGCUCCACAUCAGGUGCCAACACAACUACAGUGUCUGCAUCAACCACACCGGUACAACCCAGCAGCCUAACCCUGAAGGUUUCGACUUCAGUGGUUGCCCCACAGCUCCCUCCUGCCUCCCAGUCUCAGUCCUCGUCUGCUGGUGUUGAGCAGCCCUCUGCCUUUACUCAGGUUCUGGGUCAGCUCUCCAAGGCGUCCAGCAGCAAUCCACCUGCAGCAGGAACAAGCAUGUUUGGACUGUCAAGCCAGAUGAGUACCCCCACUGCUUCUUCAGCCUCUAAUCCCGUCACUGCUACUGCAACUGCCCCAGCCAGCAGCUCAGGAUCCGUCAGUUACACCAACCCUCUGCUGGCUUCAGGGUUCAAGCCCAUUUUUUCUGUCAGCUCUACCACCUCCUCAGCUACGUUAGCCCCAGACAGCAGACCUCCUGCCCAAAAUUUCAAGCCCAUCUUUGGGGCUGCCACUGCCAGUGCUGGCUUUGGACCGCCUCCACCCUACACCACCUCUAACUCAGCUUCUACCAUAUGUUCAAGUAGUUCAUCCUCAAUGUUUGGAUCAACAAGUAGCACCACAGUUACACCAUCCGUCUUUCCUGGUAUGACCAACACCCUCACUGGCACAGCCUCCAUCACAAGCACACAGUCUGCAUCUCAGCCAGAUGUGAAAUCUCUCUUUGGAAACUGGUCAGCACCAUCCACAACCAAUACCAGCUCAGCCUCAGCGCAGGCCCCUAAUACAGGGAGCACCUUUCAGUUCGGAACUGGUACCACCACUACUGCAGCUGCAGUUGCUCCUGCUGCUGCGCCCGCUGCUGCUACCACCACCUCCAGCAACAGCACCUUUGCAUUUGGUGCUACACAGCCAGACCCUCAAGCAGCCAACCAGAAGGUAUUUGCCUUUGGCCAUGCAGCACCCAGCCAGAACACAACCACUGCUUCAUUUGGAGGCUUUGCCAUGGCCAACACAGCCUCCACUACUGCUGCCGCCACCACCCAGUCCACCUUUACCUUUGGAAAGUCAUCGUUUCAAACACCGGCAGCACAAUCAAACUUUGGCUCCUCAGUGGCAACGGCAGCCCCGUCAACUUUUGGCUCCUCAGUGGCAACGGCAGCCCCGUCAACUUUUGGCUCCUCCGCGGCAACGGCAGUGGCAUCAACUUUUGGCUCCUCUGUGGCAGCGGCGGCAACCUUUGGCUCCGCAGCGGCAGCGCAGUCAACCUUUGGCUCCUCAGCGGCAACGGCAGCGCAGUCAACCUUUGGCUCCUCAGCGGCAACCGCAGCGCAGUCACCCUUUGGCUCCUCAGCGGCCACCGCAGCGCAGUCAACUUUUGGCUCCUCCACGGCAGCGCAGUCAACCUUUGGCUCCUCCACGGCAGCGCAGUCAACCUUUGGCUCCUCCACGGCAGCGCAGUCAACCUUUGGCUCCUCAGCGGCAACGCAGUCAACCUUUGGCUCCUCAGCGGCAACGGCAAAACCGUUCACCUUCGGAGGCAGCGGAGCAUCAUCAUCCACACCUGCCUCUAACACCGCCCCACCCCCUUUCCCUUUUGGGUCAGCUGCUGUAACCACAGCAGCCGGUUUUGGGACCCCAGCUAAACCAGCAUUUGGAGCGAGCUCCACUGGUUUUGCUUUUGGUGGCACCUCUGGUCCCACAGCUGCACCCUCUGCUGCACCGAGCUUUGGUGCGGCCACACAGACUCAGAGCUCCUCCUCAGCCACUUUCGCGUUUGGCAGUGCAGCUCCUCAACAGGUUCCCUCUGGGCCUGCUCCGUCAGCACCCAGUGGAUUUAACUUUGGUGCUGGUAUACCAUGCCCCCAGUUUGGAACACCAGUUGCCAAUAAUCCUGCACCGCAGAUGGGAAGCUUCAACUUUGGGGCUGCUGCUACUGACAAACCAGCUUUCGGAACGUCUACCCCAUCCUUUGGCCAGAGUGCUGCUGCCGCUGGUCCACUUCCCUUUGGAAGUCCUGGAACUCCAGCCCAAGGCUUCAACGCUGUUCCUUUUGGGUCUCCGGCAACUCCCUCCUUCUCUAUUGGAGCUGGAUCAAAGCCAUCUGGAGCUCGCCAGAGGCUGCAGGCGCGGAGGCAACACACCAGGAAGAAGUAACCCGCUACUUGUGUCCAACACCACUUUCAGAGGACUUCAGCUGUUGCUGCUAUGGUUAAUCUGGCUAACCCCCCCCACCCCCAACCUGGCCGCCAAGCCCUCUGAUUCCUUCCCCUCCUCUAGUGGGUUGAGCUGGCCCAAAACAUUGUUUGCAGAGGAGUUAGAAAGAGCACACCAGCUUGCUGAGUUAAUGCUGUCUGGAUGACUACAUGACCUGGCGAGGGAAUGUAGCAGGGAGGAGACAGAAUCCAUAACAAUGUACUAUACUUGAAGAGAGAGAAGACAAUUGAAUAGUUUGAUUCCGAACAAAAGCAUAUCCAAAGUUCUCUUUUCCUUUACAGUAUGUAGACACUCGCAUCGGUUUGUCUUAAGGAGAAUGUUGAGCCCGGCAAAGACAUGGAGCCUUGGCUCAAACAUUUAUUUUUUUACGUGGAGCACUCGCUGGUUCGUAUGUUAGAGAAUAUUUGCGUACGUUAUCUGAAUAAGUCUGAAUAGGGUGACAUGCACAGUUGAUUCAGAUAAGGUACACAACUCUGCAGUGUAAAUGUAAAGUUAUGAUACGUUUGCAUUUUAAAUUAUUUUUUUAAUUGGCUCUCUGACCCUGUAAGUGAAUGACGUGUUUCUGCACUUAAAGGGUGACUUAGUAAAUGUCUUAAUGUAGUUAGUGCCGACCCUUGUGUUCUUGUUUCCUACUUUUUGUCAUUGCAAGCAUUCCCAGAGUCCUCCAUGGAUGGCCUUUUUUGAUUGUGAUUGCCAACACUGAUGUAAUUAGCAGGUCCGCAUCUGAUUAGGAUGACUACUCUUAACCAAAGCAAAUUCUUCAACUUCAUGCCUGUGAAAAGACUCUGUGUUUGUUUGUGCCAAACUACCUCUUUACUCCAGGCACUGAAUCCCUGUUACUUCACUGAAAAUAAAUCUGACAGGAUUGAUGAGAUAGAUUUAAGUUUUACCUUCACUGUUACUGUUGAUGCAGAUGUACCUUUAAUAAAUACAGCAAGUGUUUCAACAUCUGCAAAGCAACACAUUAUCACCACUUUUGAAUAUAUCACUGUUAAAAUAGAUUAUACCACAUUAACGUAACAUCAGACUUACUAAAAUUACAGUAUGUCAAAUUGGAAACCCUCAUCUGCUUGGGAAUUACAGAAAUUCUUAAACAACCAUUAGAGUAAACCAUUAAUGUCGGCACUCCACGUUAUUUUUAUCAAUGAUUUCUGUUCUCAGUAAUAAUCACCUCUUCUUCUUGUGAAAAGUACGCUGGAUAUGAUGCAAUUUUUGAUGGUUAAUUUUGAAUUAAUAAAACCGUUAUGGAUGUGGAUUUUCCAACAAGAACACAUUUUAACCCUUAAA